CACUACCGGCUUAGUCAACAUUAGACAGACACAUCAGAACUCAGAGUCCUGCCUCGAGCUUCAGUCUUCACUCACUCCUUCUCUCGUUGCCGGUAGUUGGUCCAAUCCCUCCAUGCCAGAUGUCGACGAGCGGGCUCUGCUGCUAUUUCGAUGAGAACGGAAAACAAUGCAGUUGCAGGAUGUUUACCGCACCUGCCAACAAGAAUGCACGUUAUCACUGUCGUGAGUGCACGCAUGGUUUCAGUAAUCACCCGGAAGCACAGUUUAGCAACAAAUCCCCGAAAUUGACUAUGGAUGUAAAGGUAGAGCCUGCAACCGGCAACCGGCUUUUGGAUGUGUUCCAUCAACGGAAGACAUCUCGCACUAUGGAGUUGCCUAACUCCCUCCAGCAUGUGCGUGAAGAGGUCCUGAAAGGAUUCUGUGCUGGUAGCAGUGGGACACAACGAGUUACAUCAACUAAAAUUAAGAAACCUAACUCUACUGGGAAGCGGGUCCCAUCUGGUAACCAUGAUGGGUCCCAGCAGGAUGUUUUAGUUGGAACGUGGCUACUACUGAUCGAUGCGUUGGAUGAGGCAGGUGAAUUGAUCCAGACAAAACCACUGUUGAGAACAGAAAUGUACACAGCAGAACAUCGGCAGUGUGUGCACACUGGUGCCAAUGCGGCCAAAUUCGCAUUCCGGCGGGACUGGACUCACGACGAUGUCGACAAGUACCUCAGAGAACACGUUUUCCCGCGUCCGAUGGAGUAUGCACUUAUGCACAAGAAGGGUAAAAGUAAGGCGAGCUGUUGUUGGAAACUCGCCUUCAAGGAGAAACAACGAUUCGGACUCGCAGUGACCGAGGACCUUCCGACUGGCCAGGAUCUAUUCUACUAUCGAGGACGGUUUAAAUGUGGCACAGAUUCGAGCAUAAUUAUAGGUAUGAGUUAUGCCUUCCACCUGUUAAACUACUAAUAUAUCAACACAGCAUUGUGCGGUCAUGUCCCGGAAGAGGAAUAUGCGUCUUGGGGUCUAAGACAGCAUCAGGAGAGUAGUGAAUUCCA